GUGAUGGAGGUGAAGGGUCAGAUGAUUCAUGCCCCAGAAUCCUCUACUCUGAUGUUCCUGGGUUCCCCCCGGGUGGACAAGCUGGAGGAGCUGAUGGGCAGGGGCCUCUACCUGUCAGACAUCCCCAUCCACGACGCCACGCGUGAUGUCAUACUGGUGGGACAGCAGGCCAAGGCACAGGACGGCCUCAAAAACAGGAUGGACAAACUCAAGGUACAGUCACACACACACACGCAAUAUGCACGCACGCACACACACAUGUGCUCAUACUCAUUAUUCUGUCAUGUAGACAUUCAGCAGGGGACUCCUCCGGCUUUAGAAGAAGAGGAAAUGCGUCGGUCACUAAAUCUUUACUCCAUCAUCCCCAUUCUACUAAUUGUAUUUCUAUCCCUCUGCUCUUCCCCAGGCCACUCUAGAAAAGACACACCAAGCUCUAGAAGAGGAGAAGAGGAGGACAGUAGACCUUCUCUACUCCAUCUUUCCUGGUGAUGUGGCCCAGAAGCUGUGGCAGGGGGAGUCUGUCCCCGCCAGGAAGUUUGAUGAUGUCACCAUGUUGUUCUCUGACAUUGUGGGCUUCACAGCAGUGUGUGCCCAGUGUACCCCCAUGCAGGUCAUCAGCAUGCUCAACGAGCUCUACACACGCUUCGACUACCAGUGUGGAAUACUGGACGUGUAUAAGGUAUGAACACACACCUGUUUGCACGUGCACAUACUGUACACUCAUUGCAUGCGUGUUAUACGUGUCAGGGUUGGGGUCGAUUCUGAAUUGAGUUGCGAAUUGUUCUUUAAUUCCAAUUCAAUUAUUGUAUUUGAAUUGAAUUUGAAUUGAAUUGCAAUUCAAUUAUUGUAUUUUAAUUGAAUUUGAAUUGGCCACACCCCACAGGAAGCAAAAUUUGAAUUGCAUUUGAAUUAAAGGAAUUAGAAUUUAAUUCAAAUGGCUUAUUUAUUCUACACAUCACCAUAGCAACGUCUACAUUUACAUUUACGUCAUUUAGCAGACGCUCUUAUCCAGAGCCACUUACAGUUAGUGAGUGCAUACAUUUUCAUACUGGCCACCCGUGGGAAACGAACCCACAACCCUGGUGUUGCAAGUGCCAUGCUCUACCAACUGAGCUACAGGGGACUAGUACCAUUUAGCAUAAGGUUGAAACAUUUCAUCUUUAAAACUCAUUCUCCAUUAACAAUUUUAAAUAAUUACAGUAGUCUGGAAAUAUUCGAAGAUCAUGUUGUCGGUUGUCUGUAAUAAUUCAUAAUUCCCUUAAUGUUUUUAAAUAUCAGAAGAUUUUUUUUUCUCCCUAAUGCAUUAUAUCAAACACUGCAGUAUGGAAGGGAACAAUCAAAUCAAAUCUAAUUGUAUUUGUCACAUGCGCCAAAUACAACCUUACAAUUAAAUGCUUACUAACAAGCCCUUAACCAACAAUGCAGUUUUAAGAAAAAUAAGUGUUAAGUAAAAAAUUGAUAAGUAAAAAAACGAUGCAAUAGUCCAGGUAGCCAUUUGAUUAGCUGUUCAGGAGUCUUAUGGCUUGGGGGUAGAAGCUGUUAAGAAGCCUUUUGGACCUAGACUUGACCCCAGUGAUGUACUGGGCCAUACGCACUACCCUCUGUAGUGCCUUGCGGUCGGAGGCUGAGCAGUUGCCAUACCAGACGGUGAUGCAACCAGUCAGGAUGCUCUCCAUGGUGCAGAUGUAUAACUUUUUGAGGAUCUGAGGACCCAUGCCAAAUCUUUUCAGUCUCCUGAGGGGGGAAUAGGCUUUGUCGUGCCCUCUUCACAACUGUCUUGGUGUGUUUGGACCAUGAUAGUUUGUUGGUGAUGUGGACACCAAGGAACUUGAAGCUCUCAACCUGUUCCACUACAGCCCGUCGAUGAGAAUGGGGGCGUGCUCGGUCCUCCUUUUCCUGUAGUCCACAAUCAUCUCCUUUGUCUUGAUCACGUUGAGGGAGAGGUUGUUAUCGUGGCACCACACGGCCAGGUCUCUGAACUCCUCCCUAUAGGCUGUCUCAUCGUUGUCGGUGAUCAGGCCUACCACUGUUGUGUCGUCGGCAAACUUAAUGAUGGUGUUGAAGUCGUGCUUGGCCAUGCAGUCAUGGGUGAACAGGGAGUACAGGAGGGGACUGAGCAUGUACCCCUGAGGGGCCCCGUGUUGAGGAUCAGCGUGGCAGAUGUGUUGUUACCUACCCUUACCACCUGGGGGCGGCCCGUCAGGAAGUCGAGGAUCCAGUUGCAGAGGGAGGUGUUUAGUCCCAGGGUCCUUAGCUUAGUGAUGAGCUUUGAGGGCACUAUAGUGUUGAACGCUGAGCUGUAGUAAUUGAAUAGCAUUCUCACGUAGGUGUUCCUUUGUCCAGGUGGGAAAGGGCAGUGUGGAGUGCAAUAGAGAUUGCAUCAUCUGUGGAUCUGUUGGGGCGGUAUGCAAAUUGGAGUGGGUCUAGGGUUUCUGGGAUAAUGGUGUUGAUGUGAUUUAAUAUCUCAUGACAAAGAAAAAUACUGUUUGACAUAUUUGAGUUAUAAUAAAAUGUAUAUUUCAAAUGGUAUGUGUAUUAUUUGCAUUACUAAGUGGCAUGUCCUUUUUAUAAAAGAUUUGUCAAAUGAAUGAGACUUUCAUUUUUCACAUCUCAGUUGAUUCAAAUUAAAUUCAAAUUCUGCUUCCUGUGGGGUGUGGCCAAUUCAAAUUAAAUUCACAAUUGACUCCAACCCUGAAACGUGUCGUCAGUCCACAUACAGUGAGGGAAAAAAGUAUUUGAUCCCCUGCUGAAUUUGUACGUUUGCCCACUGACAAAGAAAUGAUCAGUCUAUAAUUUUAAUGGUAGGUUUAUUUGAACAGUGAGAGACAGAAUAACAACAACAAAAUCCAGAAAAACGCAUGUCAAAAAUGUUAGAAAUUGAUUUGCAUUUUAAUGAGGGAAAUAAGUAUUUGACCACUCUGCAAAACAUGACCUAGUACUUGGUGGCAAAACCCUUGUUGGCAAUCACAGAGGUCAGACGUUUCUUAUAGUUGGCCACCAGGUUUGCACACAUCUCAGGAGGGAUUUUGUCCCACUCCUCUUUGCAGAUCUUCUCCAAGUCAUUAAGGUUUCGAGGCUGACGUUUGGCAACUCGAACCUUCAGCUCCCUCCACAGAUUUUCUAUGGGAUUAAGGUCUGGAGACUGGCUAGGCCACUCCAGGACCUUAAUGUGCUUCUUCUUGAGCCACUCCUUUGUUGCCUUGGCCAUGUGUUUUGGGUUAUUGUCAUGCUGGAAUACCCAUCCACGACCCAUUUUCAAUGCCCUGGCUGAGGGAAGGAGGUUCUCACCCAAGAUUUGACGGUACAUGGCCCCGUCCAUCGUCCCUUUGAUGCGGUGAAGUUGUCCUGUCCCCUUAGCAGAAAAACACCUCCAAAGCAUAAUGUUUCCACCUCAAUGUUUGAUGGUGUUCUUGGGGUCAUAGGCAGCAUUCCUCCUCCUCCAAACACGGCGAGAUGAGUUGAUGCCAAAGAGCUCCAUUUUGGUCUCAUCUGACCACAACACUUUCACCCAGUUCUCCUCUGAAUCAUUCAGAUGUUCAUUGGCAAACUUCAGACGGGCAUGUAUAUGUGCUUUCUUGAGCAGGGGGACCUUGCGGGCGCUGCAGGAUUUCAGACCUUCACGGCGUAGUGUGUUACCAAUUGUUUUCUUGGUGACUAUGGUCCCAGCUGCCUUGAGAUCAUUGACAAGAUCCUCCCGUGUAGUUCUGGGCUGAUUCUUCACCGUUCUCAUGAUCAUUGCAACUCCACGAGGUGAGAUCUUGCAUGGAGCCCCAACUGUUGUCACCUUCUCACCAAGCUGCUUGGCGAUGGUCUUGUAGCCCAUUCCAGCCUUGUGUAGGUCUACAAUCUUGUCCCUGACAUCCUUGGAGAGCUCUUUGGUCUUGGCCAUGGUGGAGGGUUUGGAAUCUGAUUGAUUGAUUGCUUCUGUGGACAGGUGUCUUUUAUACAGGUAACAAGCUGAGAUUAGGAGCACUCCCUUUAAGACUUUAAGAGUGUGCUCCUAAUCUCAGCUCGUUACCUGUAUAAAAGACACCUGGGAGCCAGAAAUCUUUCUGAUUGAGAGGGGUUCAAAUUCUUAUUACCCUCAUUAAAAUGCAAAUCAAUUUAUAACAUUUUUGACAUGCGUCUUUCUGGAUUUUUUUGUUGUUAUUCUGUCUCUCACUGUUCAAAUAAACCUACCAUUAAAAUUAUAGACUGAUAAUUUCUUUGUCAGUGGGCAAACGUACAAAAUCAGCAGGGGAUCAAAUACUUUUUUCCCUCACUGUAGGAGAGGUUUAGUGCAAUUGAGUAAUGGUGCUGCCAUGGGUAAAUACAAGGACCAAUCAAGUUGUGUUUUAUAUCAGCACUGUGUGUGUGUGUGGAAAAACACACUGAUUAAUGGCUAAUGUAACGGAGCUUAACAACAGUGUGUCAAUACUGGCUGCCUGACAGAGUGGCUUUACAGCAAGGCCCAGUGCGUCCAUUAACAACCAUCACUCCCUCUAUCCAUCCCUCCAUCUAUCACUACAUCAGCUCUCGUCCUUCGCCAGGGUUUGAGUCAGCACAGAUACAGCUGUUUUUGCUUUCCCUACCCUUCCUCUCUCCUCACCCUUCCUCUCUUCUCACCCUUACUCUCUCCUCACCCUUCCUCUCUCCUCACCCUUCCUUUCUCCUCACCCUUCCUCUCUCCUCACCCUUCCUCUCUUCUCACCCUUCCUUUCUCCUCACCCUUCCUCUCUCCUCACCCUUCCUCUCUUCUCACCCUUCCUCUCUCCUCACCCUUACUCUCUCCUCACCCUUCCACUGUUUUACUUGACUCUUCCCCUUCUCUCUUUCUACUUCAAUUUUCUCUCGUCUCCACUUUCACUUCUCCCUCUCUCUUUUCCUGCUCCAUUGUCAUGGUUACUCUGGAUAAAUGACUGUGACUGGCUGAAAAUGAGAGUUGUGUUUCUUGUUGUCAGGUACAGCUUGUCUGAGUGUUUAUUUUCAUUCUGCCAUCAACCCUGUCAGGAUAAAAAUUUUUACAACUUGUUUUAUUAUUUUUUAUUAUGAAAAUAUUUAAAUGUGAUGAAAAUAUGGAACUCAAAUCAAAUUAAAUGCUCAUGGCUUCAUGUACUCUCCUCCAAUCCCCAUAUAGAUUGAGACUAUAGGCGACGCCUACUGUGUUGCGGGCGGGCUCCACCGGAAGAUUGACAGCCAUUCCAAGCCAAUCGCACUCAUGGCCCUGAAGAUGAUGGAGCUGUCAGAGGAGGUGUUAACGCCGGACGGCAAAUCCAUCAAG